AUGGAUUCCAUGGCCAUAAUGAUUGAACUCAACUAGUCGGCAUGAUGGGAAUGAACUCUCGGAAGAAAGAACUAUUUCUUCUAGGAGUGCAGUCAUGGAAGACCGGAAAACGCCAACUACUUGGCGGAGUUCAUCAUAGGUCCUUCAUAGAUUCUUUAUCGAUAAUAUGGAUCUUCCCAUCAGUUCUAUUAAACCCAAAGCCCUGAAGCAAUCAUUGUGAAAUGCCCAAAUCAAACGAAUUUGAUGUUAGUCCAAGGGAUCAACCAAUAAAGAGGUGGUCAAACGGGAAACUGCCGCUGCCAAAACUUUCAACAUGGAGGUAUUUAUAGGAGCGCAGUCCGACACAUCCAUCAUGGCUGCAUUGACGUAACACCGUUUUCCUCAAACCCGUUUUCCCAAGACAGGACUGACAACUUCAUUUCUAUUCAUCAACACAUUGAGUGAACUUUCUUUACCAGCCCUCUAAAAUGGCGGAUAAUACUGUGUCAAUCGAUGGAAUCGACAAAGUCGAGCUCACCUAUGCUCUCUGGCAGAACUCAGAGGUAGCGUUCUUUUUCGCGCAAAAUAAUGUACGCCCGCCCACUUUGACGAAGGAUGAAUUGCGAGAGAUCGGCCCGCGGAAUCAGUGGAGUUUCGAUUAUUUGAAGGGCCGGCUCAUCAAGUGCGACUUAUCUGGAACCGUGGUAAACCCUGAAGGAUACGACCGCGACUAUGGCCUAGGUGCGUUUCGCGCCGUCGUUGACAGCCUCCGGACUGCGGAAAAACCUGCGGAAAAGCCUGACGAGAAGGAAUGUUCACCUUCUGCCCAGGCUUCUUGACAUCGACUUUGUUCCAUAGAGGUCGUUCUGUUCUGUUGUUGCUCUUGUUGUUCUUCGUCUUCUUCUUGUUGUUGUUGAUCAAAGAGCAAUGUUUGAGAUUCGAGACAUAUCUC